UUAUGGGAGGGGUCUGUCCAGAGCGCGUUGGCAUUAAACUGUCCCACUGCUGGUCGCACGCUCCGUUUGUAGCACUGCUGGUGUGACAGCUGUGAAUUAGGUCCCAUCGCUUCCUGCUUAACGCCGGUUGGAUGCGCGUUUUCGUUGUAACUUUUAGCUACUUGGAAUCCGCCUCUCCGUGCGCGUCUCCCCGCACACAUCAGUGGGGGCACCCCCGAGGUCGCAGCUCUGCACUUUGCUCUUCUGCCUGCUCCAGAUCAUAGAGAGACAACGCACAAUCUCCGUGACAGUCUACAAUGGACGAAGCUUACAACGUCCUGCCUGACCUGAAGGAUAUAGAGACAAAAGUUGGUCGAAAAGUCCCGGAGAGUCUCAUUCGUUCUCUGGCUGCAGGACAACAUCACGACAAGCAGGAGAUGGUAGCCCCGCUUGUAAUGAACGGCACAUUUCGUGAUAGUUCUGCGGACUUGAAAAGGCUGGAGAGCAAAAUGCUUUUCCUGAAGCAAGAAAUGGCACAUCUACGAGCCAUUGAUGUGAAGCUGAUGCGGCAGCUUAUGUCAAUCAAUGAGGGCAUUGAGUCCAUCCGGUGGAUGAUAGAAGACAAAGGAGGCGCUGGCAGCCAAGACGGAAGCCUGACGAGCAGCUUGUACAGCCUGUCAGACAGCCAGGACGGUACCUCACUGCGAGGCAGCUUCAACAGCUUGAAUGACGGUGACAGUGACGGGCUGGAUGGUUUGUCUGUAGGUAGUUACCUGGACACUCUAGCAGAAGACCUCCCAGAUGACCCCUCACCUACGGACCUCGACUGUUUUGUGGAGAAAACGGUUAUUGACGCUGAUGCUUUCAGCAAAUCUCCACUGAAACUGACGGUGGAAUCAGAUGAAUACUACUGCUUUGGAUAAUAAAGCUAAGCACAGUGGUUACAAAGACUACUGAGAUAUUUUAAAUGUUCUUCACUUUGACAAAUGUUUCCCUCAUGCACAUUUUUCUCAUUUAAUUUUUGCCUUGAAACCUGCUUUCUCCACAUUGUGGAUUUAACACACCUCAUCAAACCACUGCCACUUAAUGCAACCGUGAAACCAUUUAAACAGUUAUUUAUGUAUUAAUGUUUUCAUCAUGGCGGCUAAGUAAAUGAAAAUGGUGCUCUCUUAUGUAGAAAGAUUAUAUUUAUUGUUGAAUCAUCCAAUACCUCAGCUUUUUUUUUUCACAGUUGCUGAAGAAAGGGUGAUUUUCACCAGCAACUCUACCUUUAACUGCAAGAGCUCUUCUAUAUCUGUAGAAAAUUCAAGUUGGACUUUAUAUAAGGUCAGCCACAAUCAGCGGAUCGAAGUAAAAGAGUAGAUUAGGAUUAGCUGCCAUUUGGAAAAUUGGACAUUUCAUGCUGAGUGGUUCAAGAGGCUAAACUGUUUAAAGUGGCAAAGUGGUUGGUUAAGUGUUACAGCAAGUGCAAUUUGUUUCCAUGCCAAAUCCAGAGCACCAGCUACUGUAAAUGUUAAGCUUUUAAUUGUUUUUGCUUUCAUGUUUUGACUGAUGGAAGUUCCUAAGAUAAACCACCACUAGUAGAAGUUUCUGCAUGUGGCCUUACACACGGGAGAUUAGUUACAAAGCGCACAUGCCUGACUGAAAACCAAAGCAGUUUGAUUGUCAUAUAGAUGAUGCCUGAGGCAAAGCCCCACUACCACCAGGUGGGACAUAUGUGAAACAUGCUUGCUUUGUGGGCACUGUUUUAAUUCUCUGUUGUCACAAAGGUGUAGCAAGAGCUGUACAUAAAUGUCUUAGCUGUAAACUCCACAUGUUGACU